AUGAAGAACCUUGGGUGCUGUCUCAAGUUUCUUGAGACUUCUAAACCUUACUUUGCCAUGAUCUCUUUGCAGUUUGGUUAUGCCGGCAUGAAUAUUAUAACAAAAGUGUCCCUUAACCGUGGUAUGAGCCACUAUGUCCUAGUGGUUUAUCGCCAUGCCUUUGCCACUGCAGUCAUAGCUCCAUUUGCUUUGAUUUUUGAGAGGAGAAUGCAACCGAAGAUCACCUUUCCUGUGUUCAUGCAAAUAUUCGUCCUUGCCCUUCUUGGACCUGUGAUAGACCAGAACUUUUACUAUGCUGGGCUGAAAUUUACAUCCCCAACUUUCUCCUGUGCAAUGAGCAACAUGCUUCCUGCUAUGACAUUUGUCAUGGCAGUCAUAUUCCGGAUGGAGAAACUGGACAUAAAGAAGGUGAGGUGCCAAGCAAAGUUGGUGGGAACUGUAGUGACAGUUGCUGGGGCAAUGUUCAUGACCUUAUACAAGGGUCCUAUUGUAGAGAUGCUGUGGUCUAAGCAGAUCCAUCCACGUAAAUCCUAUGUGACUGAUACCACAGGAACAACAGACAAAGACUGGUUCAAGGGUUCCAUUAUGCUUAUCAUUGCCACUCUUGCCUGGGCAUCCUUGUUUGUUUUGCAAACAAAAGCACUGAAGACAUACAAGAACCACCAGCUCUCCCUCACAUCACUUAUGUGCUUCGUCGGAACCCUACAAGCUAUUGCUGUGACAUUUGUGAUGGAGCACAAGCCCUCUGUUUGGAGCAUUGGCUGGGACAUGAACCUCCUUGCUGCUGCCUAUGCUGGGAUUGUGACUUCAAGCAUCUCAUACUAUGUCCAAGGAUUGGUGAUAAAGAAAAAAGGUCCGGUUUUUGCCACUGCUUUUAGCCCUUUGAUGAUGAUCAUUGUAGCCAUCAUGGGCUCAUUCAUCUUGGCAGAAAAGAUAUACCUUGGAGGUAUUGUUGGUGGAGUCCUGAUAGUCAUAGGCUUAUACUCGGUCCUGUGGGGAAAGCACAAAGAGAAAAUGGAAAUGGACCCUGAGGAAAUACCAGAACCUGUAAAAGGUGUUCAAGGAAAUGGCAAUCCAAUAGUGAUGAUAGAAGACAUAGAAGCUAAUGAAGUUGAGUUGCAAAAAGCAGAAGCCAACAACAAUUUCUCUGCAAUGGCCAUGAGCAUGCCAAUGGCCCUGCCAGUCGACCUUCCAAUCAAAGAAAGCCAAGAGCCAAAAGCCUAA